CAACUUACUGUGUUCCUGUUCCAGGGAGAAGUAUCACCCAGAAGGAAAGCAAAAGAGGAAAAAGAGCAGAAGAGCAAUGCUGAGGUUUGUUGUCACCUUCCUUGCCGUCAUAACAUCAUCCACUUGCCAAAAAUAUGGAUGUCUGGAAGGGGAUACCCAAAAACUGAAGCCAAGUCCUGAGCCAAGUAUGCAAGAGUGCACUCUCUACUCUAAAUCUUCCUGUUGCUAUGCAGACUUCACAGAGCAAUUGGCUCAUUCCCCGGUAAUUAAAGUAAGCAGCAGCUACUGGAGCAGAUGUGGGCAGCUCAGCAAAUCCUGUGAAGAUUUCACAAAGAAAAUCGAGUGCUUUUACCGGUGUUCUCCAUAUGCUUCUCGCUGGAUCCAUCCCAAUGACAGUGCUGCUAUUCAGGCUGUGCCAUUGUGCCAAAGCUUCUGCGAUGACUGGUAUGAAGCCUGCAAAGAUGAUUCCAUAUGCGUUCGUAACUGGCUGACGGACUGGGAGCGGGAUGAAAGUGGAGAAAACCACUGUAAGAAUAAAUGUAUUCCAUACCGUGAGAUGUACACGAAUGGGACCGACCUCUGCCAGAGUAUGUGGGGCAAGUCAUUUAAGGUGAGCGAAUCCUCCUGCCUCUGCCUGCAAAUGAACAAGAAGGACUCGAUUGCAAUCAAGUAUCUCCUCUCCAAAAGCUCAGAGGAAAGCUCCAGCAGCAGCAGCAGCAGCAGUGAGGAGCAUGCCUGUCAAAAAAAACUCCUGAAGUUUGAGAAACUAAAGAAAAAGGAAGCUGAACAGGCAAGAUAAAUGCUAGUGGAUGUAUGUCAAGACAAGAGAAAUCAACAGGGAGGCUGGGCUUGGGGCAUCAUGCUUUAUGCCUUCCUUUCUAGAACAUAAUAAAUCAAU